GAGGGCGCGGGUGUCAAGUGUGUCUCACGUCCUCGGCAUCUCAGGAACCAGCGUCAGUGUUGUGAGCGUCUUAACUCGUGAGGCAGGGGUAAAAAAAAAGUUGUUUGGAGAGGAGCUGAAAUACGAUUAGAAAAUGCAUCGCGACGCUUGUAGGGGAGAGUGUUAGGAGAAGCUAUUUUGCUGCUGUGACUGGCCCGGGCACAUGACUCAUGCGAGGUGAUGGCGUCAGUACCUGGGUGGCAGUGCCGAGCGUGACCACAGCUCACAUGGUUCUCUCUCGCAACACCGUACUCAGGAUGGAGGCAGCGGCUGGAGGAAAUAAGAGCCACAUUACAGGCGUGCAACUCGACACACAGACCACUCCUGGCUGUGUGUAGUGCUCGUGUUACAGUGAGGCAGGACAGCACCUCCACACACAGGCGACGCACUGCUCACUGGGUUCACUGGGCUAGGCUAAGCAAACGUAUCCCCAUUGCAGUGUCUCGAUAGGAAUCAGUGUUGCCUCAGAAUAAUAAAUCAAAGGCGGCAUGUCGGCAGUGGUGAACGGGCACCGGGAGGAGAAUGAGGCGGGGGCGGAAGGAGGGUCAGGGGCAGGUGGGUUCUCUCGGGGUCGUCCCCACCACGGUCACAUCCUACCUAUGCUAAGCUUCAGCGCCUCCACACCCACGGAAGACGAGGACCCGCUGGAGAACGAUCCCGUUCUGGCCAUCGACUCGCCUCUGUGGGAGCAGCCCGAGGUGGAGGUGGUGGUGACAGAGCCCACAUCCUACCAUCACCACAAUCACGAUCCGUCAUCGCCGCCACACCACCACCGCCACCACUACCAGGACGAUGAACACUCGCCCCUCAUAGCUCCCGAGCGAACCGUGUUGAUAAUGGACAGCGGCCGAUGCAGUGAUGAAGAGGACGAGGUGAAUGAGAGAAUGCCCCUCUUGAGUGACAGUGGUGGAGGCGGCAGUGGUGGUAGUGGUGUUGGUCUCUCUUUACCACUCAACUUGUCGAGAAGAGCCUCAUCCCAGGUGGGGCUGCCGAUGGCUAACGGUGACACAGGCGGGGACAUGUCAAGUACCAUCGCCUCUUUUCUCCGCAUCAGGACAGACCGCUCUGAUUCCCAAGUCAGGGAGCAGGAGGACUGCACGGAGGAAGCGGCGGGACUGAGGGAGGUGGCGGGCAGGCUGGUGACUGAGGUGCUAGCGAGGGCCAAGGAGCAGGCCGCCACCACCACCGCCACCAGCAUCUCCUCUAAACAGAUGACGCCGGACGAAAGGUUGAUGGAGAUGGUUCGUGGAUUCGUGAACGACAUAAUGGCCCGCGCCAAGGCUGAGGCUUACGACAGCAUGUGUCACAUUCAGAACAAUAACAAUAACCUCGUGAUGGGAAAGGAGGAGACGGCGGCGAGCGGCACAGUGAGCGGAUGGGAUAAGAGUUACGAGGGCGCGCACGGACUCGCCUCCCCAAGCAGUGCAUCGGGUGGGAGGACAUACCGGAGGGGCGGGCCGUGGUAUGUACAGAUGGGACGUGUCUUUUCCUCCUUCCUCACCCGCAUCUGCCCGUGCCGGUGUCCUACCAAGCCAUGAGGUCUGGCCAACCCUUCCUUCUCCCUUCGUGCCGCCGCCAGCGCCCUUGGGGACUGGGUGUAAGCUCCGGAAUAGGGAGGGAUCAUCAAGGGUGUUUUGUGCUUCACUGUAAGGUGUACGUAGUUGUAACUGUCCCGACCACCUCGGCGGACAUGACUCCCAGGGUUCCAUACGCCUCAAGCCUCUUCUAGUUCUGCGUGAGAAUUACGCAGAGUUGAUACUGUAACCGAGGGCGGCGUGACAAGGUGGAAGCAAGGAGGAGGAGGCGAGGUGGUGGUGCGAUGGGUGGUGAGGCUGUACUUAUACUUUACUCCAAUCGGUCACUCAUUGGUGGCAUUCGGUGCUCAUUCUAUUUUUUUAAGUUUUAUACUUCUCUCUCACCCACGACUGUCGCUCCAGUAGUGUCCUCCCCUUCCCCCAAACCAAUAUCAGGACUCUGCAACCGUCAACCGUCUCAGUGUUCCUCUUCCGAUCCCCCGCAAUGACUGUCUCACCUCGAGUGUCAAGAUGCCUCAAUGCAAACCUAUUUUUGUACGUUAUAAGUUGUUGUAAUGCUAAGUUGCCUGUGUGUGAAAGAGAGAGAAAAAGAAAGAGGAAUAUAAGUAAUGAUAAUAAUAAUA